AUGAAAUCAUUUGUAUUGAUAGUACUUUUCGCUGCAGUGGCGUUUGCUGCUCCUCAAGGAUCAACAGAACCCAUACCCAUUCUUCGUCAGGAUAGUCAGGUCAACGCUGACGGAUCAUACCAAUAUGCCUUCGAAACUGGAAACGGUAUUAGUGCUGAUGAGAAAGGGGACUUGAAGAAGGUCGGAGAUGUUGAUGCUUUGGAAGUAAGCGGUCAAUUCCAGUAUCCAAGUGAAGAUGGAUCGAACAUUCAACUGACUUACAUUGCUAACGAAAACGGAUUCCAACCCCAAGGAGCUCAUUUGCCAACCGCUCCUCCAGUACCAGAGGCGAUCCAACGCGCUCUUGCCUACUUAGCCACUGCUCCACCACAACAGAAUGCA